AUGAGUGCGGAAACAAAGCUUCCACCAGUAAGCAGCGAAGAGCGUGAUGCUGCCGCUCGGGAAGCUACGCAAAAGUCGACAGCACGCAGUGAACGAAGUCAAACGGAGCGGGACAUCGCACAACUCACGGAGACUGGGCCUGAGGGAGACGAGUCCGCUGAUGAGGCUCAAGUAGCACGCCUGCUUCGAGCGGCCUCCGACGACUUGCCAAAACUCCGCCUGAGCGACAAGACACUGAGACAACUGGAGUCACAAGCGCUUCGGCGCAAGCAACUCGCUGCCGUGCGCGUCUCGGAUGCGGAUAUUGCAGAGCUAGCCAAUGCCGUAUACGUAUCCAAAGCUGAGGCUGAGCAGCUGUUACGCGAAGCAAACGGAGACCUGAACCAGGCGUUACGUACAAUCAUUCGCUGGGAGUUGCCGUCUGGAGCAGGCCCGAAAACGGCGCCCUAA